AUGGAGACACCCCCUGCCCCCUCCACUUCUCAUGUGGUGAAUUAUGCCCCCUUCACCCUUCUCCCAUCUGCAGUACCAAGGGCCUUGUUUGAACAAGCAUAUGCUGUUCAGNAGGACUUCAACCUGCUGGUGGAUGCCAUCAGUCAAAAUAAAGAGUUCCUGGAGCAAACUCUGGCCAGCACCAUCAAAGUAGAUGACUUCACAGCUCGACUCUUCAGAAUCCACACGCAGGUCCUGGAGGAAGGCUUGGCUCAGUCUGUGUUUUUAGGCAUAAACCGCUCGGAUUACAUGUUUGACUGUGGGGUGGGUGGGACCCCAGCCCUGAAGCAGAUAGAGAUCAACACCAUUGCUGCCAGCUUUGGGGGCCUCACCUCCCGCACUGCUGCUGUCCACGGGAGGGUGCUGAAGGUGUUGGGGAAGCCUGAGGAGGCGUCACGGCUGCUGACAAACAACCCCUCCAAAGGGCUGGCCUGGGGUAUUGCCAAGGCCUGGGAGCUCUAUGGUGCUCCAGGUGCUGUGGUGAUGUUUCUGGUGGAGGAAGUCCAGAGGAACAUUUUUGAUCAGCGAUGUGUAGAAAAUGAGCUUUGGAACAGGCUGAAGGGCCUGGAGGAGCUCAAACCCAGGAAGCCACUCCUGUCUGUACCUCUUGGCUUUGAGGCCAUCCAGGGCCUGUCUGUCUGCCGGGUCAUCAGGAAGCGGAUCAGAGAUGUGUUUGAAAAGGGGUCCCUGGAUGAUGCCAGGAGGCUGUAUAUGGAGGGCCAGGAGGUGGCAGUGGUGUACUACAGAGAGGGCUACGUGCCAAAGAACUACGACCAGCAGAACUGGGAGGCACGUUUGUUGCUGGAGAGAUCGAGGGCAGUGAAGUGCCCUGACAUUGCUACUCAGCUGGCAGGCACCAAGAAGGUCCAGCAGGAGCUGAGCAGGCCAGGGACACUGGAGAGGUUGCUGCCUGGCCAGGCUGAGGCCGUGGCUCGAAUCAGGGCAACGUUUGCUGGACUCUACUCUCUGGACAUGGGAGAAGAGGGUGACAAGGUGGCUGCUGCAGCCAUUGCUGACCCUGAGCGCUUCGUGCUGAAGCCCCAGCGAGAAGGGGGAGGGAACAACCUCUAUGGUGAAGAGCUGAGACAAGUCCUGGAGAAGAUCAGAGACAGCCCUGAGAGAACCUCCUACAUCUUGAUGGACAAGAUCAAACCACAGCCAUCCAUGAAUUACUUGCUGAGGGCUCACAGUCCCCUGCAAGUGUCCGAGUGCAUCUCAGAGCUUGGCAUUUUUGGUGUCUAUGUCAGACAGGGCCAGGAGCUGGUGAUGAACAGGGCUGCUGGCCACCUGCUGCGGACCAAGGCCACCGAGCACGCCGAUGGGGGGGUGGCAGCCGGGGUGGCUGUGCUGGACACUCCAUACCUGGUGUGA